AUGGCAGAAUUAGUGGAGCUGAGGCUGUUGCUUCUUUCAAGGAUCCGGCUGAAGUUGCAAUUGGCAGUAAUAGAAACUUUUUCUAAUUGUUUUGUGACUAUGUUUCUUAUGGAUGCUUUAAAUGUUUACUUUCCUUUGUUAGCUGCUGAACCAGUGGCGCUUGUGACUGUAGCACAAAGGCGCGAAUUAACACCAGACAUUGUCAAGGCAGCAUUGUAUGGUCCUGCUGCAGCAAAAAUUCCAGCGCCACAGAUUAAUUUUCCUUCCAUAUCCGCUCCACAGACAGGUGCAGCUAUGCCAGCAUCCUCUUCAAGUCCUGGGUUCAGAGGACCAGGAGCUCCAAAUGCUGGUAUGGGCCAGCAGCAUUUCCCUUCUCAACAAAACCUGUCAAUGAGACCCCCGCAGACCAUGCCUGCUGCUACUGCCCUGCAUCCUCAAGGUAUUGCAGCUCCGGAGUUUUCUAGGGGAGGUAGUACAGGCGGUCAACCUCAAGCUAUGCCCGCUGGUUCUAUUUCUCUUUCACAUCAAUCUAUGCCCACUGCUGCUACUGGUCCUGAUUUCACAAAUCAAAAUAUGUCAAGCAAUUGCUUGCUGGAAAGACUGGUGGAGCUUCAACUGGCCCAGGAGGGUUCACUCCACCCAGAACCAAAGCUUCAAACAGCAGUUUCCUUGCCUUCCCAGCCUACUGCUAAUGAUUCUAAAGCAUUGCCUCAUUUAUGUCAAAACAAGAAUUAUCACACAACCUUUUCUCCUCACAGUGCACCCACCUCAUCAGGGAUUAGACCAGUUUCAAGUGUACCCCAACCAUUAGUUAAGUCCAACUCUCUUGACUCAUUGCAAAGUACAUUGUUUGUGCCUUCUGCUGGUAGUCAAAGUCAAAGGCCAUACCCUUCUUUAAUCCCAGGCCAACAAGCUUCGUCCCAAAGUUCCUCCUCUAUUACACCAUCUGGGAUCUCUGUCGAACUGGGAAUGCUGCUUCGAGCAGUUCCCAACCUCCAUGAGGUUUUGAAGCAGGUUUGGGACUUAUCUGAUCAGGAUAGUGAUAGUAUGCUUUCUUUGAGAGAGUUCUGCUUUGCUCUCUAUUUGAUGGAGCGGUAUAGGGAAGGCUGUCCUCUUCCAUCUGCACUCCCUAGAAAUGUUAUGUUUGAUGAGACACUCUUGUCCAUGACAGGCCAACCCAACGUUUCGGACAGCAGCCUGGAACGGGGGCCCAGCCAGGAAUGGGUGCCCAGCCAGGGAUGGGUGCCCAGCCAGGGGUGCCCAGCCAGGAAGCGAAUGGGUGCCCAGCCAGGGAUGGGUGCCCAGCCAGGAAUGGGUGCUCAGCCAGGGAUGGGUGCCCAGCCUGGGAUGAGUGCUCAGCCAGGGAUAGGUGCACAGCCGAUUACUCACUCAGCUGGUUUAAAGCCUCCAAUUCUUCCCAAUGCUUCUGCUGAUACUACUACAAUGUCCAACCAACAAAAGCCAAGAGCACCUGUUUUGGAUGACUCCUUUGGAACUCAAGCUAGUGGAACUGAAAAAGUGAUUUUGGAUUCCAGAGAGAAGCUUGAGUUCUACCGUGAGAAAAUGCAGGAACUUGUCAUGUAUAAAAGCAGAUGUGAUAAUAGACUAAACGAAAUCACGGAAAGGGCAAUUGCAGAUAAGCGUGAGGCUGAAAUGUUGGCAAAGAAAUAUGAAGAGAGAUACAAACAAGUUGCAGAAAUAGCUUCGAAAUUAACAAUUGAAGAGGCAAAAUUUCGUGAGGUUCAGGAGAGGAAGACAGAAUUGCAUCAGGCUAUUGUUAACAUGGAACAAGGGGGAAGUGCAGAUGGUAUUCUUCAGGUCCGUGCUGACCGCAUACAAUCGGAUCUUGAGGAGCUAAUGAAAGCCCUGACCGAACGAAGCAAGAAACAUGGAUAUGAUGUCAAGUCAGCUGCAGUAAUUGAGCUUCCCAUAGGUUGGCAACCUGGAGUACCAGAGGGAGCAGCACUCUGGGACGAAGAGUGGGACAAGUUUGAAGAUGAAGGAUUUGGAAAUGAGCUCACCGUGGAUGUGAAAAAUGUGUCCGACUCUCAGAGAGGAAAAGCAUCCCCAAAUGGUAGCUUGACCCCUGAUUCCUCCUAUCUGAAUGGAAAAACUGGGAAUCUCUUCAGUGCUGAACGUGCCUUUGAGAGCGAGUCUGCAUAUGCACACAGUGAAGAUGAAUCCGCCGGAAGUCCUCAUGGUAGUCCUGCGGAAAGAACCUCUCUAGAAAGUCCAUCUCGACAAUUUUCUGAUGACCAUUUUGGAAAGAGUACUGAAGCAGAUUCAGAAAGACAUCGAAGUUUUGAUGAAUCGGGAUGGGGGACCUUCGAUAAUGAUGAUACGGACUCUGUGUGGGGAUUUAAUUCUGUUAACACCAAGGACUUGGACUCGGAACACAGAGACUUUUUCGGAUCAAGUGAUUUUGGUGUACACACAAGAACGGAAUCCCUUCCUGCGGAUAGCUUUUAUGAUAAGAAGAGUCCAUUUACAUUUGAAGACUCGGUUCCCAGCACUCCGGCCUCCAAAUUUGGGAACUCUCCAUCAAGGUUCAGUGAGACAUCAAGGGAUUUUGACAGUUUCUCGAGGUUUGAUUCCUUCAGCAUGAAUGAUGGUGGAUUUUCAGCGCAACCUGAUAGGCUCACGAGGUUCGACUCCAUAGACAGUAGCAAAGACUUUGGCAGCGGAUUUUCACGGCAACCCGAGACAAUCACUAGGUUCGAUUCCAUAAAUAGCAGCAAAGACUUCAGCCAUGGAUUCUCAUUCGAUGACUCCGACCCGUUUGGCUCCAGUGGCCCAUUUAAAGUGUCAUCGGACCAACAUAGUCCGAAGAAAGAUUCCGAUAAUUGGCGCGCUUUCUAG